AUGAGUUCUGGAAGUGAGAAGUUGGAUUAGGUGCAUCAACAUCACUUGAUGGCACCUUUGAAACCUUUCUUUCCUAAUCAGAAUUUGGAAGAUAAGAGGAUCAGAACUGCAGCCAGAGAAUUUCAUGAUUUUCUGAAGGAAGCAAUAGACGAAGAACAUUAACACCUAUUGAAUGCAGAUCAAUCUAUAAUAAAUGAUGAGAUAGUUAAGAUGGCAUUACCAGAAACUAAAGCUGAAAUCAAAGAAUUAAUUUAUGAAUUAAAACGAAUCCAAAAUGAAGAAGAAUAGCUGUUAUUGCAUUUUAUAGGAUAAGCUAAACAACUAGAUAAUAAUGAUAAAACGACUCCAAAAAGAUUAAAGGAUUAUUUUGAAGGAUUCUACUAUGAAGUUAUGAUAAGAAGUAGUGACAAAAAGAAAUUGUAUGAAAAAGUUUUGUUGCGAGAAGAACAAUUGCAGAAGCAUUUAACCUAAUUGGAAAUUAAUAUGAAUAAAAUUGAAAAGAAUUAUGAAUCUAUCAAAAAGUGGCAUGAAAUUAGAUCAUUAAGACAGACUGGGUAUUUUGUUUCAUCUAUUUAAAAUAGGAGAUUUAAGAACAGUACAACUAAAAUAUAGAAAAUACAAAUUCCAAACAAUGUCUCAGUCUAAGCAUUGAGUCAGGAUUUUCUUACAAAAAAUGUAAAUAUACAACAAUAAGAAUAAUCUGUAUUGCAUGAAGAUGUCAUGUCCAAACCAAAUGCAAUCACUUCAGGAUACAAUCUGGAGUAUAAACCUAUUCAAUAUAAGGAAAUAUAAUCAGAUUUAAAAGAAAUUGAAAUUGAUGAAACAAGUGUCUAUGAUUGGAUCGUAGACAUUGAUUUAAUCACUACUAUUGCUAAAAAUGGUUGGAAAGUAUAUUUGUCAAAGAAAUUUGCAGAUGCACAAGUCAAAUAAGAGUUAGAAAUACCUAAUUAUGGAUUCACUAAAUAAUAACAUAAGGCUUAAUGGGAAGGUGCAGCUGUUGCAGUCGUUGGUUUAUACGAUAAAGGAAAAACCUUUGUACUCAACAAUCUUACAUCUUCAAAUUUACCUUCAGGGAAGAAAGUAACUACUAAGGGAGUCUCAUUUAAGCAUGUGAAUGUUGAUUCAGGUACAUAAUUGAUACUUGUUGAUACUGCAGGUAGUUAUUCACCUGUUAAAAUUACGAAUGAAUUAAGUAUUGUAGAAAAAGAAGCCACAGAAAUGUUUAUCACUGACUUAGUUUUUGAGAUCUCAGAUUAUUUCAUUUGUGUAGUCAAUGAUUUCACUAGUCUCGAUUAAAGAUAUUUGGAUAGAUUGAGUAGAAAUCUGUAGAACUCUCCAAAUAAAACAUUUAGAGAAAUUAUUGUUAUACACAAUCUAAAAGAAGUAGAAUCACCUGAGAUCUUAGAACAUGUUUGGAGUACUCAAGUUACUCAAAUCUAUUAGAAUGGAUCAAUCUAAAGAACUAAGGUUGCAUCAAUUAAUCCUAUCAAUCAUUAAUUGUAAGAAAAACAUGUCUUAUGGUUCAAAACUGAAUUUACAAGACAUGUUUGUUUAGUUAAUGAUGACUCAUAUCUAGGAAUGUCAAUCAACCCUUGGGUUUUUUCAUUGUUGAGAUAUUGGUUAAAGGCAGUAUUUGUUCCUGUUAAUAGAUAAUUCUCAGUUGUAGAUAGUAUCAUUCAAUUUAGUAAGACUAAAUUAUCAUCUUAUUUUAGAACCAUUCUCACACUUCAGAUUUAAGAUACUGAUGACUUUUUAGUUAAAACUAUUGUUACUUAAUAAGAAGUAUAAGAUAGCAAUGUCAGAAUACCUUAAGUCUCUAUUGAUUCUAGCGGUUUGAUAAUGACCAGACCUGACAGUUUCUUACCUAAUACUGAUAUCAUAGCCACUGAUUAAUACAUUAUUUAUAUGGAUGUGCCUGGAUUAACCAAAAAUGAAAUCCUUGUGUAUCGUCAAAAUGUUGUAACAAUCAUAAAAGGAAUACGUAAAAGACCCUAUGAUACUGAGAAACUAGAACGCAGUGAACGCAAAUACGGCGAGUUUGCUUUGUCAUUUAAAAUUCCAGAGAUUUACGAAAGGAAAUGGAGUACCUUUACAGUUGAAAAUGGAGUGUUGACAAUUGUUUAUGAAAAAGAUAAAGAUGAUUAAAUUGUCAGAUAAAAAAAACAGGAGUGA